AGAAGUUAGAUAUCAUCGGGGUGCCGUACUUGACAGAAGGGGCGAUGGAGAAUUGGGGGGCCAUUACGGUGAUGCAAGACUACUUGUUCAAGGACGACGUGCUACAGACGCAGCAGUUGGUGGCGCACGAGCUUGUGCACCAGUGGAUCGGGAACUUGGUGCUGUUUGACGACUGGAAGUACGUUUGGUUGAACGAAUCGUUCGCGACGUUUUUUGGCAACCAUUUUGUGAGCAUCAUUGAUCCCUCCUACAGUUUUGUAGAGGAGUUGAUAGACAUGAGCGGACGCAUGGUGCGCACGGGAGAUGUCAACAUCCAGAAGUUCAUGAACGGGGUGAGACUCACGGGUGACACCACCACCGGCGAGUUGUUCAAUCAUCAGGUGUAUGAGAAGGGUAUCUUGAUGUUGCGAAUGAUAGGCAAUAUUUUGGAUCCCAACACCAUCGACAACUUCGAGGUGUUUUUGGCAAGCAUGAGCAAGUUUGUGGAGGCCCAUAGGUUUGAGUCGAUCAAGGCCAGUGAGAUCUGGCAGUUUUUCUUGCAGGAAUUCGAUAUCGAUUUGCUCACGUUUGUAAGUAUGUGGAUUCGGUAUGACAAGUUUCCCUUCAUCCAGGUGUCGCAGAAGAAUGGAGAGUUGGUGAUUGAGCAGGCCCAGAGCAAGCCGUACCAGUUUCCACUCGUGGUAUCCACCACCGAGAGGGACUACCAAUUUUAUAUCAAGGACAAAACCACCAAAGUGAAGCUUGACGAGCAGGUGGUGGCAGUGAACAAGCACCGGGUUGCUCUUGUGAAGCAGGACAUCUCGAAGAAGCUUGUGAAGGACUUGGAGCCGCACUUGGGACGUCUCGAUGCGUUGAGUUAUCUUAUUGACUAUCCUGAUAGCGGCAGUGGAGUUCACCAGAUGCUCCAGGGAGUUUUACGGAAGCAAACAAAGUAGGAGGGUGGAAGAGAGUGAAUAGAGUGAAUAGUGUGAAUAGUGUGAAUAGUGUGAAUAGUGUGAAUAGUGUGAAUAGUGUGAAUAGUCAGAAGUGUAAAUAGAAUACAGUCCAAUGAUGGCCGCAUCCUGUCAACCUACGCUAACAUUUCACCAUGUAAUGUUUAUAAGUCAUGAAUGUAUAAAGGCGUAUGCUGAAUGCUAAUGAUUGAAUGCAAGUCUAUGAUAUCAGAUGUUCCACUUGACCUCCCGCUUAUUGUACACAAAGUCCAAAAUGUUGUUGGCAAAGUUAUCGACCGAAUCGACGGAGUUGGUGUCACUGUUCGCACCAUGCUGGCGCUGGCGCUGAUGCUGGUGCUGGUGUGCCGACAGAAUGCUGUGGUGAGAUUUG